CUUCCAUCAGAAAGUCAAUGGUUACCCCAGAUGCUAUCUUAUCUUGUGGCGAGUCGCGCUCGGUUGCCUCAAAGCUUGAGCACACAGGUCACCUGGUUCAGUUGAAUGAUACCAGCCCAUAAGCGGAACCGCACGUAUCUAUUGGUAUAAGACUCCGUGACGACCAGCCGACUUGCUUCACAUUUGUAUCUGAACAUUGUGAAGAUCACAGCUGAACAUUCUCUCACGCACGCCCUUGCCACGAACAAAAGUUUACAUUACACGAUACCAAGAUGUCUGGACUUCUUGGGUACUUCAGCUGGGAUAGGAAAAAAACUGCCGAGCCAAAGGUGGAAGAUAAGGCGGAAGAAAAGCAACAGCCAGUACGCGCUUUACCUGCAUCAUGGUACACUUCACCAGAGAUGUACGAGUUUGAACGCCGUGCUGUUUUUGCCAACCGGUGGCUCUUCAUGACAACAAUGCUACGAUUCCCGAACAACGGUGACUACGUCCGAUACCAAUUCGCUGGCUACGAUGUCAUCAUAAUCAAAGAUGAAGAGAACGAAAUCAAAGCUUUUCACAACAUAUCGAAGCGUUCCAAGAAGAUCUUGAUUGACACCAGUACUACGGAAGCCAGUGGUCAUGCAGACUUGACCAAAUUCGCGAUCACUUCCGAAAGCGUAUUCCCAAUUCACACCAGGAUCGAUCGCAAUGGGUUUAUCUGGAUCAACCUGGAUGCCAAGAGCACACCCGAAACUUCUUUCGACCAGUACUUCAAAGACGUAGAUGUUCAGGAGCGCUACGCUACUAUUGACUUCGAGAAUUACAAUCUAGACCACGUCUACACUCUUGAGACCGAGUACAACUGGAAGAUCGCAUCCGAUAACUUCAACGAGUGCUACCAUUGCCCGACAACACAUCCCGACAUCCCAGCCUUCCUCAACCUCGACUCAUUCGACUCCGCGCUCGAGGGCGGCCACAUCCAGCACGCCUGCGCCCCCACCCAGGAACAAAUCGACCUCGGCGUCAACGUGCACAGCACAUACUACUUCCCCAACGUAUCCAUGACAGUCGGCAAGCACUUCCUCAUGAUCCAAAAGUUCCUGCCGCACUCCCACGGCACGUCGACGAGCCACUACGAGGUAUUCAAAGCUACGUCGAGCUCCGCCGCCGAGUUCCAUCUCAUCGCCGACAUGUACGAGCGCGUGAUGCGCGAAGACAAGGUCCUGUGUCAUAACGCGCAGGCGAAUCUGAAUCGCGGCGUGUUUAAGGCGGGGCUGCUGCACCCGAAGUAUGAGAAGGCGCCGAUUUUCUUUCAGCAGAAUUGCCGUGAGGCUGUGAACGAGCACUGGAAAAGAGAGCAGAGAGAGGGGAGACAAAUUCAUCCUGCUGAGCAGCCGGGCUUGACUUUCGACGAUCGUGUGGAGAGGCAGGGGGAGACUGGGAGCGCUUUGAGCAAAGUUGCACAGAAAGAGGUGCUUGCAUGGUAGAUCUUGUGUCUUUGGCUUGACAUGUUACUCGGUCAUCUGAACUUUGGUCUUAGCACAGCUUUGCUCUGUAGAAUGAGGAAGGAAGAUGUAUCUUUACUACUGAGCCAUGUUCCGUGUUCUGCGUCUUCCCAGAAGGUGGGGUUUUCUGUCAACUCACUUGGAUCAUGUGCGAGAGCUGUUUGGUUGGCUGUUCACUCUUUAAGGCAUUGAUACAUUCAAAUUAGGCUAGAAUUAAAAGAAGAUUGAUUUGAGAAGAA